AUGCCACACAAUAAGAACACUCGAUUCGAUGUUAGUGCCUUUAUGAAGGCCCGAAAGGAAGCCAGGCAGACAGCAGUAGAACAGUGUAGAAGUUUGAAGGUAGAGCUUAGCUCAAACACAAGAAAAAUUAAUAGACUAAAAUCAAAGGUUAGUGAUUCAGGGGAAAUAUUGAGAGAAUUGACUCAUGAAACUCAAAAUGUUCAGUUACAACCUGUUAACACUGAUACUAGUUCUCGAACAAGAUCCCCAACUAUUUUGGUGGAUGGGAAAUCAAAUAUGCCACCUAGAACAGCAUCAAAAAGACGACAGGAAACAGUGAAAACUGCUUCCCAAAUCCAUGGAGGAUCUGGGAAUAACCCGACACCAGCCUUUGAUGGGAUGUUUGACACCUUAGCAAAAAGAUGUAAAGUAGAUAUAAUGAAAGAUUAUGUUUUAAGUCAGAAAAUGCUAACAGAGAAGGUAGUCUCAGCUGUAUUUAAGAAAAAUUCAAAAGCUUUUGAAAGCUCACCAGAAAAUGUAAAGAGGAGCAUUGCAGUUUUCUAUGGCAGUGGUGUAAUGGGCAAGCGAAAAUAUAAGUCUGUAAGACUUGCAUUAUCAAUGAAAAAAAAUCAAACUAUAGGAAACAGGAUGUCAGCUAUUACUGUGAUGCCAAACUGCCCUAUUCCAAAAUUGAUGCCUUAUAACAAGCUUGUCAAAGAAAUAAACCAAAUCAGCAUUGGAAAUGUGUACAAAUUAGAAGAACAGUUUCAAGGUGUUAUGGAAGAUGAAACAACAACAGGUUGCUUUCGAAAGUUAAUUGAGUAUUUGCCACGCUUAGCAAAAUUUUACCUCCGAAAAGGCAGAAAGGAAACCCUUCAGUGGUUUGGCAAAACUGAAGGUACUUUUUUGUUUGCAGUUGGUGGGGAUGGCUGCCCAUUUGGGAAGAAUGAGAGUGCUUGUUCCUUUCUUCUAAGUUUUAUUAAUGUUGGUAAGAGGGUUGCAUCAAGCAAUGACAACUUUAUUAUUUUUGGGGGUAAUUGUGAAGAAACUUCGCCAGUUGUACGCAAGUACUGUCAGUUGUUGUGCAAAGAAAUUAGUGAGAUAGAGAAAAAAGUCUUUGAAAUUGAGGGCUUCCAUGUAACCUUCAAAUGUGCAGAAUUGCCAAAUGACAUGAAGAUGUUGGCUAUGCUGGGGGUUGGGUUUCAUAUGGAGUUAUAG